GAGCAGCAGAGUCAUCACCCAGGCCCUCCUCGAAGGACAUUUCAAAGCACAUUUUCCAGAGCCGAACUCAGGACAAGGACCAGACUCAAAUCAGAUCUCACUGCCCGUGCAAGAAAGACCCGGAGGAAUGGACUGGCUCCUUUUCAGGAACAUUUGCCUUUUGAUCAUUUUAAUGGUGGUGCUGGAAGUAAACAGUGAAUUUGUUGUUGAGGUGAAGGAAUUGGACGUGGAAAAUGGCACCGCAAAAUGGCAAACGGUCAGAAGACAGAAGCGGGAGUGGAUCAAGUUUGCUGCAGCCUGUCGAGAAGGAGAAGAUAACUCCAAGAGGAAUCCAAUUGCCAGAAUUCGGUCAGACUGUGAAGUGAGUCAGAAGAUUACAUACCGCAUCUCUGGGGCAGGAAUCGAUCGGCCGCCCUAUGGAGUGUUCACCAUUAACCCUCGGACAGGGGAAAUUAACAUCACUUCAGUGGUAGACCGAGAAAUAACACCACUUUUCUUGAUUUAUUGCCGGGCUCUGAAUUCACGGGGUGAAGACUUAGAAAGGCCUCUUGAGCUUCGAGUCAAAGUUAUGGACAUAAAUGAUAACCCCCCAGUCUUUACACAAAAUGUGUACACAGCCAGCAUUGAAGAAAACAGCGAUGCAAACACCCUGGUGGUAAAGCUAAGUGCCACAGACGCAGAUGAAGACAAUCAUCUGAAUUCUAAAAUUGCCUAUAAGAUCGUGUCUCAGGAGCCGGCGGGCUCACCAAUGUUCAUCAUGAACAGGUACACUGGAGAAGUGCGCACGACGUCCAAUUUCCUCGACAGAGAGCAACACAGCAUGUAUAACCUCCUCGUGAGGGGCUCAGAUCGGGAUGGAGCUACGGAUGGACUAUCUUCAGAGUGUGACUGCAGAAUCAAGGUUUUAGACGUCAAUGAUAAUUUCCCCACUUUGGAGAAAACUUCCUACUCAGCGAGUAUCGAAGAGAACUGUUUAAGUUCGGAAUUGAUCCGAUUUCAAGCAAUUGAUCUUGACGAAGAAGGCACUGACAACUGGUUGGCAAAAUAUGUAAUUCUUUCUGGAAAUGAUGGGAAUUGGUUUGAUAUUCAAACAGACCCACAAACCAACGAAGGCAUUUUGAAAGUCGUCAAGAUGCUGGAUUAUGAACAAGUGCCUAAUAUUCAUCUUAGCAUUGGAGUUAAAAACCAAGCUGAGUUUCACCACUCAGUUGCCUCUCAAUUCCGAAUGCACUCAACCCCUGUGAGAAUUCAGGUUGUUAAUGUGAGAGAAGGACCCGCAUUUCAUCCAAAUUCCAUGACGUUCAGUGUGCGAGAAGGACUGAAAGGAAAUUCCUUAUUGAAUUUUGUGCUUGGCACAUACACAGCUAUAGAUUUGGAUACAGGAAAUCCUGCAACAAAUGUCAGGUAUAUCAUAGGACAUGACGCAGGCAACUGGUUAAAAAUAGAUUCAAGGACUGGCGAGAUACAAUUUUCUAGGGAAUUUGAUAAGAAGUCAAAAUAUAUUACCAAUGGGAUAUACACAGCAGAAAUCCUGGCUAUAGAUGAUGGCUCUGUAAAAACGGCCACGGGAACCAUAUGUAUCGAAGUUCCUGAUGUCAACGAUUACUGCCCAGUCAUUGUUGCUGAGAGAGAAAACAUCUGCAUUGCCUCUCCCUCCGUCCUCAUCUCUGCUGCAGACGUUAACAGUCACUCUUAUGGGUCUCCCUUUACCUUCUGUGUUGUUAAUGAACCCCCAGGGACAGCGAACAUUUGGGAUAUCAGAUCAGUAAAUGCUACCUCUGCAAUCCUGAAAGCUGAGCAGACUUUAUAUUCCGGAUACUAUGAAAUCCCAAUCCUAGUAAAGGACAGUUUUAACAGAGCAUGUGAAUUGCCGCAGAUCAUAGAGUUAAGGGCCUGUGACUGUGACAUCAACCACAUGUGCUUGUACCCCGGUACCACAGACAUCAGCACCGGGGAUGGUAGCUCUGUCACCAGUGUAUCUGUCACUGACGACCAAACUGAGGCUUCAAAUGUUGGUAUAGGAUCAACAGGGAUUGGCAUGAUCACUAUGGGCAUCUUACUGCUGCUUCUGGCGCCGCUCUUGCUGCUCUUGUGCUGCUGCUGCAAACGAGAACAGCCGCAAGGGCUGGGGGCGAGUUUCGCUCCUGUGCCUGAGGGGGGAGAAGGAGUGGUGCAAUCCUGGAGAAUAGAAGGGGCCCAUCCCGAGGACAGGGUGAGUGGAUUCGUCAGCUUCCACAUAAGCUCCAUGUUCCAAUGGGAUUCAGCAGGCCCUGAUAACUAUACACUGCACAAACCUGAAAAUACAGCAUUUUUGAAAUAUGACUCCAGCACCAUUGAACGCCCUCUCUUUUCAGAAAUCUACACUAACACCUACGCAGGUGGAGGAACAGUUGAAGGGGGUGUCUCAGGAGUGGAGCUCAAUACCGGUCUGGGGGCGGCCGCUGGCCUGGCUGCCGGGGGAGCAGCGGGCACCGCGGGAAGGAGGAGCUCGGCGGUGGGCAUCCAGCGAGACUAUGGGGACACCGGCCUGAACCUGGCUUUCCUGGACAGCUAUUUCUCUGAGAAAGCAUAUGCUUAUGCAGGCGAAGACGAAGGCCGCCCCGCAAACGAUUGUUUGCUCAUUUAUGACCACGAAGGAGUAGGGUCUCCUGUGGGCUCCAUUGGUUGUUGCAGUUGGAUUGUGGAUGAUUUAGAUGAAAGCUACAUGGAAACUUUAGAUCCGAAAUUUAAGACUCUUGCUGAAAUCUGCUUAAACACAGAAAUCGACCCAUUUCCUUCACAGCAGUCCUGUAUCCCCAUCAGCACUGAUCUCCCUUUACUUGGGCCAAACUACUUUGUUAAUGAGUCUUCAGGAAUGACUGUCUCAGAGGCUGAAUUCCAAGAAGAAAUGGCAAUACCUGAACCCGUGAUGCACGGGGAUAUUGUAGUGACCGAGACUUACACUACUGCUGAUCCAUGCGUGCAACCCACUGCAAUUGUCUUUGAUCCUCAGCUUGCACCCAAUGUUGUAGUAACAGAAACAGUAAUGGCACCUGUCUACGAGGUUCAAGGGAAUAUUUGUGUCCCUGCUGAGUUAGCCAACACACACAACGUAAUCUAUGCUGAGAGAGUGGUGUCUAGUCCUGGUAGGCCUGAUGUGAGCAGUAGUAGCAUGAGUGAUGGCUGUAGGGGAUCUGUGAUGAGUGGUGGCAUUUUGGUAGGGCCAGAAAUUCAAGUGACACAAAUGGUGAGUCCAGACCUUCGCAUAAGCCAAACUAUUGGUUCCACAUCCCCAGUGACAUCGCGACACAGAGUAACACGGUACAGUAACAUACAUUACUCCCAACAGUAAUUAUGGUCAAUGCUCUCUAUGGAGACCAUGCACCUUGUAAUCACCAACAUGUCCAUCAAAGAUGCUCAGUGUACCAUAUUUAACAUUUUAAGUCAACAACUGUUCAAAAAUUCUAAAUUCAGUGAGAUUCUUUGAUGAUAUAUUUUGGGGUAUAAUAUGGCUAAGCACUUUAGACAAGCUUUUAAUUUUUUUUUCUGAUUUUAAAUUAUGUGCAAAAAAAACUUAAAGAAAAUGUUACAUCCUUUGAUACUGUCUACUAAAUAGCACAUAAUUCAUACAGUGAAUCUUAAGGACUUCAAGCCUGUAAAACUGGUCAUAUAAACCAAGAUGCUCUUGUUCUUGAAUGUUGCGUGGAAAAGCCUUGUCUGCAUUCACUAGCCAUGUUAACUUAUAGACAUAUUUCUAUUUAAAACUUUUAAGUGGAAAGAAUGAAUUAAAUGUACACUUCUGAAAUGAAAUUGAAAAAGAAGACAGAGAAUCUAUCAAUAGAGUUCUAAAGUCACUUGUCUCGUCAAAUGGUUUCUCAAGAUAUGCAAUGAUUAAUAUAAUAUAAUGCUUAAUAUAAUACAGGGAAAGAGCUUCUUAGCUGAAUGUGUCACUGAAAAUGGUCCAUCAAAAGGAAUUAUAUACAUAUAUAGAUAUGCAUAUAUUCAUAUCAAUAUGGAUGAAUUCUUAUUGCACUUUAUUAAUUUGUAUCAACUGUAAAUUAAUUUAGACUAGCAGAAAUAUAAUUAUGACAACAUGACAACAGAAACAGUUUCCAGGAGAAGUAUUGGAGAUUUUACUCCUUAGAGAACAAUUUUUUCCCUGCUUUUGUUAAUUAUGUCAGAAAACCAUAUGCAAUGUGCUUUAAUCAGUUUCACUGACCUGAGUCAUAGACUCUUCCUUUGGCAACCAGAUAGCCUCUAAAAGCACCUCUGUAAUUAUGCAUACAUUCAACAAUAUUUGCUUGGAAGCUUCUCUGUGUUGAGUGCUGGUCUUGACUCUGAAUGUUAGUUGAAGACAACUGGCAAGAUUCCUGUCUUCAAAAAGCUUCUAAUUCAUUUCUAGACUUAAAACUCUGGGGAUAUGGCUUUGAGUUCCUACCAAAAAUAAUUAACAAAAUAUUUAAUUCCGUUA